AGUUCGCCAGUCCACACAGGCACACAACCAAUAACACGCGCGACGCAGAGAGAUCCAUCUUGGUCACAACACACUCGGUCUAGCCUUUUGACCCUUGGCAUUUAUCAAGUAGAAGUUAAGUUGUGGCAGUAAAAGAGCAAUCCUGUAUUUUGUAGGUUAGUGAAUUCACAAAAAUGAAGGUAGAUGUCAGAAAGAAGAAGAAGCCAGCAGCACCUUCAGUGAAGACAGUGGGCAUCAAGAAGAAAGCCACAGCACCUUCAGGAGCUGCGAAGAAGGGGAAGAAGACGGCCACUACAAAGGAAGUGAAGAAGGCCAUUACAAAGGAGGUGGAGUCUAAGAAUGUGAAGAUAGCCAAGAAGAAGAGAAAUAAGGGAGCUUCAGGAAAGACGAAAGAGACAGAAGUUGAUGCAACCUCAGAAGGCAAAGCAGAACUCAAGAGAAAGCAGGGGGAGAAUGAAAUAGGAAGUGUAGAUGCAGUAGAAGAGGAGGUUAAGAAUAAAAUGAACACCAGCGAGCAGAAAAAACAGGUUGAUAGUGGGAAACCAGGAAAGAAAGGAGGCAACACAGGUUUUAAGCCGAUGAAACUAAAAGGAAAAUUGUAUGAUAUCUUCUGGAAUCGAAGUGUAGAAGUCAAGGCACGAACACUCAUUGUGGCAAUGAAAAACUUUCCUGUCGGCCAAAGUUCCGAUCCACUGUUUGAGAGUGCACAUCGGAUGCAAACAAAUAAACAGAAAAAAUUGAUCUUUUUGGAAUAUAAGACAAAGGCAGAGGCAAAGACAAUGCAGAAUGUCUUACAGAAGAACAGUCAGAUCAAAUAUGCAAAAUUCAUGAACAGGGUAAGCAAUGAACAGAAGAAACCUGAUGUCAUUAUGGUGCACCCCAAGAAGUUGUACAUUGGAAAUGUACCAAGUGAGGCGACAGUGGCAGAGUUGAAGAUGAAGUUCCCAACAGCUCUUUCUGUUAUUAUCACACACAGUAAAGGCAAGGCAAAAUUGAUCUUCAAAAGAAAAGAAGAUGCGAAAAAUGUCUUUCUAGCCUCCUCGAAUGUCUUUUCUAAUGGUGUGAAGUUGACUGUCCUGUACCUCACGCCUCAAAGUAAGCCUGGAGGGAUGAAGAUGAAGAGCUGGAAGUAGAAUGUAGAGGGACCAGCUAAGAAAAAUAUGAAGGUGAAUGAAACAAGACCCAAAAAGAAGAAAAAAGACUCAGAUGACAGAGUAAUUACUUGUUGAGUGACUUCUUUUUUUUCAAAUAAUUUUGUAUACUUGGGAAAUUUAUGUAUUUCCCAAAAUAAAAAUCCAAAAAGUAAAA